AUGGAUCAUUGGUUUCGGACAUUACUGUUUCUGGGAGCUUUCUUAUUUCCGGCGUUGCUUGAGUCCUCAGUUCGUCACUACAAGUUCAGUGUUGUCUCGAAGAACAUCACAAAGCUGUGUGCUACAAAACCCCUUGUCACCGUCAACGGGCAGUUCCCGGGGCCAACUCUCUAUGCAAGGGAAGAUGAGACCGUGAUCGUAAAGGUCACCAACCACGUGGCACAUAAUGUCACAAUCCACUGGCAUGGGGUGAGGCAGUUUCGAACUAGUUGGGCCGAUGGGCCAGCAUAUGUCACUCAAUGCCCAAUACAGCCGGGGCAGAACUAUAUUUACAACUUCACCCUCACCGGCCAGAGAGGCACGCUUCUUUGGCAUGCACAUAUCUCCUGGCUCAGGGCCUCAAUACAUGGCGCCAUUGUUAUCUUGCCCAAGCGAGGAAUUCCUUACCCAUUUCCCACACCAGAUAAAGAAAAAAUCAUUGUUUUAGCCGAAUGGUGGAAAGUGGAUGUCGAAGCUGUUGUCAAUCAAGCUACGCAAUCUGGUUUCCCACCAAAUGUGUCAGAUGCGCACACCAUUAAUGGCGAUCCAGGACCUGUUCCUGGUUGCUCUUCUCAGGGGGGAUACACUUUACAUGUUGAAAGUGGCAAGACCUAUCUACUACGCAUCAUCAAUGCAGCGUUGAAUGAUGAGCUCUUCUUCAAGAUUGCUGGGCAUAAUCUGACAAUUGUUGAAGUUGAUGCCUCCUACACAAAGCCCUUCCAAACUGACUCAAUAUUCAUCAGCCCUGGCCAAACCACAAAUGCCCUUCUGACUGCAAAUCAGGGCAUUGGCAAAUACUUGAUAGCAGUCUCUCCUUUCAUGGAUGCUCCGAUUGGCCUUGACAAUCUAACUAAUUAUGCUGCAUUGCGCUAUAAAGGCAACCCUGCUAAUCCCCCAACCAUCUUAACCAGUGUUCCUCCUCUAAAUGCAACUCCAUUGGCACAUGCCUUCAUUGAUUCACUUCGAAGCCUUAAUUCAGAACAAUACCCAGCAAAAGUCCCUUUAACCAUUGACCAUUCUCUUUUUUUCACCAUGGCUGUUGGGGUUAACCCGUGUGCUACAUGUGUUAAUGGGAGCCACCUCGUGGCGGCUGUUAAUAAUGUUAGCUUUGUGAUGCCAACUAUAGCUCUCCUUGAAGCACAUUACUAUAACAUUCCAGGAGUUUUCACUGAUGAUUUUCCAGGAAACCCACCAAUAGCUUUUAAUUAUACUGGGAAUUCGCCAUCUAAUAUCCAGACUAUGAAUGGCACAAGGCUAUAUAGGCUGGCUUAUAACUCAACAGUCCAAAUUGUGUUGCAAGGCACCGCUAUAAUAGCACCAGAGAACCAUCCAACCCAUCUCCAUGGAUUUAAUUUCUUUGUGGUUGGGAAGGGAUUAGGGAAUUUUAAUCCUGAAAAGGAUCCACAGAAAUUUAAUCUUGUUGAUCCUGUGGAGAGGAACACAGUUUCAGUACCAACUGCAGGAUGGACUGCAAUCAGAUUCAAGGCAGAUAACCCAGGUGUUUGGUUCCUGCAUUGCCAUUUGGAAGUGCACACAACAUGGGGGCUUAAGAUGGCGUUCCUGGUAGACAAUGGUAAGGACCCGAACGACUUUCUGCCACCGCCUCCUAGCGACCUCCCCAAGUGCUAGAAUGUCCAAUAAACUCUGUUUUUUUCACAUCAAUGCUUGGAACAAGGCAUCAGAAGAGGCCUGCUAAAAUACAAUACACCUAAAGAUGCACAAAAGCUUUGACAUGGUUAAUAACAACAACGAAGUGGUUGGUUGUUUUUGGGAGAGGAAGGGGAAACAGAAAAUGGGCAAGUUUAGUCUUACUGUACAACUCAAUUUCUUUUCUUUUCUCUCUUUUUUUUUUUUGGUUUUUUCGGUUGUUCUUUUUCUUGUGGGUUGGAGUUAUACUUUAGAGUGCACAUAAGGGUAUAUGUUCUUGGUAGAGCUUA